AUGGAACUGAACGAGGGUAUUCAAAAUUUUGAAGCUCUUGGGUUAACUGCAGAAGUUGUAGAUCACUACUUCAUCAAUAAUCACUACUUCAUCAAUACUGUAUUACGUUUAGGUGAAGCUGCUUUUGAUAAGGAAUACAAUUACGGUAUGUACAUUUAA